AUGGCGACACUUUUGACUGUUCUCCUUACAGGAGUUGGUCUUGCAUCGGCCGCACUCCACGUUUCACAAAAUGACACGACCAUCACUGUCGCCAAUGAUCGUCUCACGGCUGUUCUGAGCAGAACUGCAGGCCAGAUCGUUGAUCUUUCCCUCGAUGGCCAGGAUCUGCUGGGCCCCCAAUCAGGCUCCACGGGUAUAGGUCCGUACUUGGAUUGUUACUGUAUCCCUUCCGGUUUCUACACCGCGGGUGCCACCACUCCGUCCACGGAAGUUGUACAGGGAGUGGAUUCCACGGGAACCAAGUACGCUGGCUUGAUUCUAAAUGACACAUACACCCCGACGGGUCAGCAAUUCCAGCAGUACUGGUUCUUGCGUGAUGGAGAGACUGGCCUCCACAUGUUUAGCCGGCUGGCCUAUUACAACGAGACAACACCGUACCUUCGCAAUUUGCAAGAGCUUCGAACUCUGUUCCGUCCAAACACGGCCUUGUGGACCCAUUUGACUUCCAGCGAAGUUCAAACCGCCCCUCUUCCGAGCAAGGACGCCGUUAGCCAUGAAGUCGUCGUCCAGGAUGCAACUUGGUCCUUCAACAACACCCCAACCGAUGCCUACUACACGCAGUUCUCGGAAUAUUUCACUAAAUACACCUUUUCAAACCGUAAGCACGCUACCUGCCAUUUUGCCUUCGAUUUAAUUGGACCGUUCACUAACGUAUCACUAGCUUGGAGAAACAAUAGCGUCCACGGGAUGUACGCCGAUGGGUCCAACUCAUCUGGCACGACGUAUGGAGCGUGGCUUGUCAUGAACACCAAGGGCCCAAUCCACUCGGACUUGACUGUGGACGGCAUCGUCUACAACUACCUUGUUUCGAACCAUCAUGGCGAGGGAACACCCAAUAUCACAAAUGGGUUCGACCGAACCUUCGGACCUCAGUUCUACUUGUUCAAUGGUGGCAAGGGAUCCCAAUCGCUGAAUCAACUAAGAGCCGAAGCCUUGGAUCUGGCCAAGCCCGACUGGAAUGCUGCGUUCUAUGACUCCAUCGCCAAACACGUCGUGGGCUAUGUCCCCUCGAGUCAGCGAGGAAGUGUUCGUGGAACCGUAAAACUCCCCAAGGGUGCUGUCCGGCCUAUUGCGAUUCUGAGUGCCAAUGGUGUUUAUCACCAAGACAACAGCGCCGUCCCUGAUGCUUAUCAAUACUGGGUUGAUAUCGAAUCUGACGGGAGCUUUACCCUGGAUCGUGUCAAGGAAGGAACGUAUCGUCUUACUAUCUACGCGGAAGGAAUCUUUGGUGAUUUCGUUCGUGACGAUGUCGUUGUUCGUAGAGGAAAAUCAACCACAGUCCGCGAUACUUGGGUGGAAGAAUCGGCGGGAACUGAGGUCUGGCGUCUUGGAAUUCCGGACAAGUCUUCGGGAGAAUUCCGUCAUGGCCAUGCAAAGGACACCACCCAUCCCCUCCAGCCCCCAGAGUACCUGAUCUACUGGGGUGCUUAUGAUUGGACCAAUGACUUCCCCGACGGCAUUAACUACACCAUCGGGAAGAGUGACCCCGCUGUAGACCUUAACACUGUUCACUGGUCAGUGUUCGGUCCUACUCCAUCGAACUCACAUGUGGAGUACGAUACCACCCACGACUGGAAUAUCCACUUCACACUGAACGCAAAGCAACUACGUCAAAAGAAGACCGCUACUCUGACAGUACAGCUGGCUGGCGCAAAGACCGCCGCUGGAAAUACAGAUGUCUGGAACCCUGUGGAACCGUACAACAACCUGUCUCUUGAGAGUUAUAUUAACGGCCACUCCGACCCUCUAACAUUGGUAAUUGGCUUCAACCAAUCCAGCAGCUGCAUCGUUCGGUCUGCUGUGAGCUGCUACCAAGUUGGCUCUCGCAUGUCCUUCCCUGCCAGUUGGCUUCACGAGGGAGACAACGUGCUGCGGCUGCACCUCCCUUACAACGCGACCGAUACGGAGACUGCAAUCUUGCCAGCGACAGUGUAUGUGCAAUAUGAUGCACUGCGACUGGAAGUGAAAUGA